AUGUCCACCUUCGACCCCGUCAUGCCCCCUUACAACUCCUCCGACCCCUCUGCCCGCUUCCUCUCCGCUUCCUGUCUCGAUUUCCUCCUCAUCGAGCUCGUCCCCAUGGCGUAUCGCGUCACAAACGACUUGGAACAAGCCGCGCGCGAGAAGGAGCUCUCCUCUUCCUCCAACACGUCUUCUAAUCCCACACCAAUCCCCGGCAAUGGGGUAGAGGGGGAGGUGAAGAAUGGGGGUUGGAGAAUAGAGCGUGACUUCCACGCCCUGGAAAACGAGCCCGGUGCUCCCGGGAGCGUAAUGGACGAGGAAGAAGAGAGGGAGGCAGUCUUUUGGCGGCUGGAGAGGAUUGGGUAUAGGGUUGGGCAGGGGCUGGUGGAGCGAUUUUCGAAGGACAGGCCACGGUUUAAUGACACGCUGGAUGUGAUUAAGUUCUUGUGUAAGGAUCUGUGGACGCUGGUGUUCAGGAAGCAGGUGGAUAAUUUGAAGACGAAUCAUCGGGGAGUGUAUGUCCUGACGGAUAACUCCUUCCGGCCGUUUGCCAGGAUGAGCGCCGAGGUGAGCAGUCAGGCGGUUAUGAGGGCUCAGCCGUUCCUCUGGUUCCCCUGCGGCAUCGUACGCGGCGCGCUGGCGGCAAUGGGCAUCACAGCGACAGUGCAGGCUGAGACGAACGAGCUACCUACAGCCGUGUUCCAGAUCAAGAUCGUGCCGCCUAAGACAUAA